AUGCUGGCUAUUCGGUCUCGCUCGCUCGCAACCCCCAAGCCCAAGGAAGGAUGCACGCUGUCCACGCUGGCUAGACCACAGCUGCACCCUUACUCUGCCCACGGCCCGCCUUCUCCCAACCCACCCCGCCUAGCCCUUUUCUGCAGUCCACGAGACCCGCCUCACGGUCCCCACGGUCCCCACGGUCCUCACCUUCGCCUUUUCCCCCCACCCACCCAGCUCUCCACCUAUUUCCUCCUGCUAUGGGCCCCCUCGUCGGCAAUACAAUACCAGCCACACGACUCGUUGGCACGCUACUGA